UUAGUAAACCUGCACCCUCAAAUUUUUAGUCGGUUUCGUCUUCCACUCGUCAAACAACCACCACCUUCCCCUUUCCAAUUUCCCUCUCUCUCUCAUCAAAAUUCUCUCUCUUCAAAAACCCUAAAAUAAAAAUUCAACACAAAAAUUUCAUAAAACUUCGAUCGCAGCAAAAGUUUUGAUUUUGAUAACAGAUUCAAACACCCUUUUGAUUCAAUUAUAAAACCCAUCAAUUAAUUUGAGAUUAAUUCAUUAAUUUAAACAUAUACAAUACAUACAUAUAUACACAUAUACAGAUAUAUAUUUCAUUUGGGGGGUUUUGUGAUCAACGCAAUAUUGAUAUAAUUGUUGUGUGGGAUGUCGAAUUCGGGUCGUAGUCGGGUCAGGGAAGAUAGAUUUUAUAGUCCACCGGCGAUGAGAAGGUACAAUCAGCAACAACAGAAGCAAGUACAACAAGAAGAGCGUAAAGUACAACCAACACCAGCACAACAGCAGCAAGAAAAACAAUCAGAAUCUUUGAUGGAUAGUAGUAGAAUUAGUAGCGAUUUGAUUACAAAUUUGGAUCGGUUUAUGAAACACACUACUCCAAUUGUUACUGCCCAGCAUCUUCCUAAGACUAGCAUGAAGGGUUGGAGGAGUAAAGAAAACGAUCGGCACUCAUACUUCAUACUUGGUGAUCUUUGGGAAUCAUUAAAGGAAUGGAGUGCAUAUGGAGCCGGAGUUCCUCUUGUGUUGAAUGAAAGUGACUCGGUUGUGCAGUACUAUGUGCCAUAUUUGUCUGCCAUUCAACUAUAUGUAGAUCCAUCAGCACCCGUAACAACCUUAAGGCGUGGUGAAGAAAGUGAUUCUGACUCAUCCAGAGCCACCAGUAGUGAUGGCAGCUACGAGGCGCAGGUUAAAAAAAACAGUGUUGGCUCUUUAUCUCAGGGCUUAAAUAAGCUUGUACUUAGAGGUGGCCCUUUUGUGGGAGACAACACUGAUGAAAGCGAGAUUAGAAACCCUCCCGGGCUUCUAAUAUUUGAGUACUUUGAACGUGCUUUACCGUAUCAUCGGGCACCUUUAGCUGACAUGAUAUCUGAUCUUGCGUCAAAGUUUCCAGAAUUGAGAACAUACCGUAGCUGUGAUCUGACACAAUCAAGUUGGGUUUCAGUUGCUUGGUAUCCCAUAUACAGAAUUCCUGUUGGUCCGUCGCUGCAGAAUCUUGAUGCCAGCUUCUUGACUUUUCAUUCUCUGUCAACACCGUUAAGAGGUAUGGAUGGGGAUAAGUCGCAUCGUCAUGGGUCAACUGUAAUCGAGGUUAAUGAUGUCGGAAUGCCAUGUCGGCUAUCGUUACCGAUAUUUGGACUAGCUGUUUACAAGUUCAAGAGUUCUGACUGGACUGAAAGUGGCAUUCAUGGUACUGAAAAAGUAAACUCUCUAGUGCAGUCAACUGAAAAUUGGCUGCGGAGUUUGAAUGUAUAUCAUCCAGAUUUCAUGUUUUUCAAAAACCAUGAUUUCUGGAGGUAAAAGAAAGAAAGUAGGCGGUAAAAGGGAUAGGUAAACUGACAAUCUUUCCUCCUUUUUUUUCAUUUUCUUUUUGGUUCAAAAUCACACAGAUUUGAGUAGGAAGGAGUCCAUUUGGGGCUUUUUAUAUGAUGGAUGGAUUAUAAGGGGAUUUUUGAAUGAUGAAACUUUGUUGAUAUGCUGUUGUAGUUACUGUACAAACUUAUGCUAUUAGCAUGUGUAAACUAAUGUUUAAUGCUCUCAAAAUUGAGAACUACUUACUAGAAA